UGUUACCAUUAUAUGUAUUACCAUUUUUUAUCUGUGCCCAUAUAUUUUAAUCCAGAAACGUGUAUCAUUUUUUAACUGGUAACAUUGUGCGAACGUGUGAUCAAAGUGUGAUUUUUAUGAAGCAAAUAUAAUGAGUUUAUUUACAUUAAAAAUAAACAAGCCAAUGUAAUAUAAUAAAGUAAAACACUGAUUACAUCCCACAAAUCUCUCGUGUGAUAAGUUCGCGGUUAAAUAGAUGAAACAGCAGACAUUUUUAUCAGUUUGCCGCGUAUUUGACGAGUGUCACACAUCUUGCGUUUGGAUAUUCGUACUAGCAUUUUAUUUCUAUUGAAUUAGUCGUUUUGACUAAUUUAAUUUUUCGUUUCCUUCUAUUUCGCUGGACAUUUAGCAACAACCGCCAGGUUGUUGCUUAGGGGUUUUCAAAAGCUUUGAGAAUUACGCUAUUAAGGACAGGACCGGGUGAGUCCGGCGCAUCUAACAGUGCCGGGCGACACGCAACGCGCUGCUGGCGUCGCGCGCUCAACGUCGACCCCCCCUGGCUCCGACGAGAGCCGGCCCGCUGACGACACACCACGUACGCCUGACACUUGUGGAGCAUCGCUAACGGGCCGCCGCCACCGGGCACCGAGUACACUUGACCCAUCUCCGGACCGUCGUCAAUUCUCUCGAGCGCAGGAUAGCCGGCUGUCUCGGCCUCGGCACCCGCCGAGGCUCGCAGCCCGUUGGAGGACAGAGCGCGUCUCUCGCAUUGUGUCGGCACUGUUCGUGUGAAGAUCCUUGAAACGAUCGGAACUUGUGAUAGUUUAAUGAUCCCCGGCGAGAUGAGGGUUAUCGACGAGGAGCGUGUGUGCGUGAUGGACGGCGAGUGGAGUCCCGUGAGCGUGAUCCGCGAGAUUGUGGAGGAGGGCUCGCAGGAGGACCCCUUCUACGUGAUGGACCUGGGCGAAGUGGUCGAGCGAUAUCGACAGUGGAAGGAGUACAUGCCGCGCGUUGAGCCGUUCUAUGCGGUAAAAUGCAACGACGACAAGUUGCUAGUGCGUACGUUGGCUGCGCUCGGCACCGGGUUCGACUGCGCGUCGAAGGCUGAGAUACAGCUCGUCACCGAUAUCGGCGUUAAGCCUGAGCGCAUAAUAUUCGCGAACCCGGCCAAGAUGGCGUCGCACAUCCGUCACGCGACCGCGCUCGGCGUCACCACCAUGACGUUCGACUCGGAGACCGAGCUGCACAAGAUCAAGCAGUACUCGCCCGACGCGCAGUUGGUGAUCCGCAUCCGAUGCGACGCGAUGUCAGCGCAGUGCCCGCUCGGCAUCAAGUUCGGUUGCGAGCCGCUCGUUGAAGCGCCGAGGUUGCUCAAACUGGCUGCUGUUAUGUCGCUUGCUGUGGUGGGCGUAUCGUUCCACGUGGGAUCCGGGGCCCGGGAGUGUGCAGUAUACGCGCGCGGGAUCCAGCUCGCGCGCGGGCUGUUCUCGCUGGGCGACUCGCUCGGCCUGCACAUGCGCCUGCUCGACAUUGGCGGCGGCUUCGCUGGCGACUCCGCUGCGGACCUGCGGCAGGUGUCACAAGUGAUAAACGCGGCAUUGGACAGCCAGUUCUCGGAGCGCGACGUGCGCGUGAUCGCUGAGCCGGGGAGAUACUUCGCAGCCGCCGCGUACACGCUCGCCGCCAUGAUACACGCUUCCCGGGAGAUACAAUCGGAGAGCGGCGACAAGCACACGAUGUACUUCAUCAACGACGGCGUGUACGGCUCGUUCAACUGUCUGCUGUACGACCACCAGCAGGUCACCGCUGAGCCGCUUGAGGAGAGCUCCGAGCCGGUGUCCGAGUGCUCGAUCUGGGGCCCCACAUGCGAUGCGCUGGACUGCAUCCUCCCCCGCACGCAGCUGGGCGGGCAGCGCGCGGGCGGGUGGCUGGUGUUCCGCGACAUGGGCGCGUACACGCUGCCCGUGGCCGCGCCCUUCAACGGGUUCCCGGUGCCCCGUGUGAGAGCUGUGGUCGAGCGCCGCUUGUGGGCGGUGCUCAAAGACCUGUGGCCGCUCAGCGAGACGAGCAUCACGGUGGAGGCUCGGCCCUCGGGCCCGCAGAGCCGCGCGCCUUCGCCCCCGCCCGGCGCUACGCCCCCGCACACACCGGCCCCCGAUAGUAUACACGCGGUGUUCGUUGAGUGCGCGCUCAAGUGAUUCGGCUUAUUUGUAUACUGGCAAUUUUUUGUUUUGUAUUAAAAAUGAUUUAAUUUUGUAUACUGGCAAUUUUUUGUUUUGUAUUAAAAAUGAUUUAAUUUUGUA